UUACAAGUAAUUUGAAAUUUGAUUAGCAUGCCAAUUCAACGAGCUAGCUCAAACUACAUGUUUAUCCAAUCACAGCUUAGAGUGAAAACAAAGGAAUCAACUGUUUUUACUCUCUCCUGAUUGGCUCCAGUCAUUGUUAUCUUAAAUUUUGCUCAAGUGGUCCCGCGGUUAGUUUGUGCACACUAAACAAAGAAAUGCCACUCCAGGGAAUGGCACGUGGUCUGAAAUGGGAAAACAUUAAAAGGUCAAAUCUCUAGGAAAAUUUUCAUAUGAAGCGAAUAACGCGAUAUUUUUGAAGAUAAAGGUCAAGUAUUGGACCCAACGUCAUCUGAAAGAGCAAAAAAUUUCUUCUGGCACAUUCGAGAAAGUAGGUUUCUUUUAAAACGUACAUUUGCAAAUAUUUUGGACUUUGUGUCCAUCUCCAGGGGUCUUUAGAAUCUUUAGAAUUACGACAACAACAAAAAACCGCGUGAGCUGCAGCAAAAAUAAGAGGACAUGUUGUAACUAAGGAAUUCUAAAGCAGUGCUCAUGCAGUGCGCUUGGUAAGCGUGCAUAGAUAGGGAUAUUCAAGCAGGGCGUUGCUAAGCACAAAACAUUUGCAGGGGACGUAGCAAAAAAUGCGUUAUAAAAGAUUGUCUGUUAACAAGCAGACAGCAAGUUGUGAUGUGUAGAAUUGACUAGACAAAACUGCCAACAAACAUCACUAAUGCAUACUGGGCGAAUUUUAAGUCCAAGAAAGCUGUGUUUUAGCUAGAAGAAGAGGGACCAGUUCAAUUGAAGUGAACGAAAAUACGAUUAAAUUCAUCAGGAUUUUCUUUUCGACGAAGCUAGAUAGGACACGGAAGAAGAAUGAACGUCACGAUUUAUCAAAAUUUGCUUGAAUUCUGGAAUCGCAGUCCAGCUACCAUCGCUGUAGAGACGAGUAUUUUACUCCUUAUUGGACUGAUUGCCAUUGGAGGAAAUCUUCUGGUAGUAAUCUCCAUCUAUCGCAAUCCCAGUCUUCGUACCAUCACUAACUACUUCGUACUCUCGCUUUCCGUGACUGACAUCCUAUAUCCCGUACUGGGUUUGACUCUCACAAUCGCUUGGUCUAUAAAGAGUCGCUUCGCUUUUGGUCACAAUAUGUGUUUUAUGCAAGCCCUUAUAAGUAUCAGUCUAAACCUAAUAUCAGCUGCAACGAUAGUCUUAAUGGCCGUCAAUCGUUACGUUUGUGUCUGUAAACCACAGUACUACAAGAAGAUUUACAACAUCAAGACAUGUUUAAUUAUGAUUGGAUCGGUUUGGAUCGCAACUUUCACUUUGCCGAUUUUGUUAGUUGCCAAAAGCUUUUGGGUAGUAGAGUUUAUACCAGAGAAAAUCUUAUGUGGAUAUUUCUAUAAUAACAAAGAUAUCGUGGUAAGUGUAACGACCAAUACAAUUCUGUCAAUUGCUCUAGUUAUACCUGUUGUCAUCAUUAUCUACUGCUACUACAAAGUGUUCCAAAAAAUAAGACAGCAUAAGAAAAACAUUGCUCCUGCCUCCAACCCUAGCAGCCUGCGCACGAGCGUACAAGAAAUCAGGGUCACGUGGACAAUGUUCGCAGUGUUGGUUGGCUAUUGUUUAGCUUGGUCUCCAGCUCUCCUCUUCAUACUUGCGACAAACUUAACCAAUGUUAACGUACCUCGUCAGUAUCAUUUGGUAGUUACAUACACAGUGGCUUGCGGUAGUGCAAUAAAUCCUGUUAUUUAUGGAUUGUUGAACACGGCGUUUAGAAGAGAGUUUUUAAAAAUCUUAACGUGUAAAUGACUACCUCGGGCGCAAUGUUUUCCAAUUUGUCACGUGUCAUUUACUAUAGCAAUAGUGUUUUUUUUAACGGUUGAAACUGAGAUGACAAUGGAAUAUGAAUACGAAUACGACAACGUAUUCUUAAGAAAAAAGACAAAUGGUUUGAAAUGGGAAAUUGUUAAGACCAAGGUGAAGAGAACUUUUAUCAAGCGCUGAGCGAAAAAGCACGGAUAAACGUCAAGGGAGAAUGGAAACAAACCUUUGGACAAGAUGAGGACCAGAAAAGAAAGAGUCAGGCAGAGAAAAAAAGCAAAAUUGAAGACGCAGAGUUGACAUUUAAACAUGUAAACAGAACUAUACACAUGCCAAAAGAAUUGUACAUAUGUCAACAGAAUUGUACAUAUGUCAACAGAAUUGUAAAUAUGUUAACAGAAUUGUACAACAGAACUGUACACAUGCCAACAGAAUU